UUUAAUAUAUAAGGGAUAUUUAUACCUUAAUCAAGAGAAUAGUUGUAAUUAUUAUAAUUAGUAAAAUAAUUUAAAUUUAAUGGCCUAAAUUUUAAACUCUGAAACCAUAAGCCUUAAAUUCGAAGAAAAAAAACUAAAUAAAAAAUCUUAAAUAUAAUUUAUGUUAAACUCCAAAAUUAAAAAUAUUAUGUUUUCUUAACUGUGAAAAGUUUUGUUUUCAGAAGAAAAAGAAAAGCAAUCUUUAGUAUUCGAUUUUUAUGCUCAUUAUCUUUAUUAUCCCUAUCAAAUGGUAACUUUUAAAAGAGGAAAAGAAAAAUGAUCAGAUUAUUGAAUGUCAAAACAUCGUCCAACGAUGUCCAUGGGGAACUCACAAGUAGGCAUAUGUAGCUCGUGUACUGGUCAUGGACCCCACCAUAAUGGGCAGUGAGGCAAUAUCGUAAUAAAAGAGACUGCGCGUGUUGUUUCAUGAUGUAUCGCAGUGAGUGAGUGAUGUUUUCAUAUUUCCACAAUCCAUGCUUUGUAGAGGUGUCGUGUUUUGCUGCACUCCUUCACCAUUCCUCUACGUUCUAUUCAUAUAAUAUAACAUCAUGGGUUUUUGAAUAGUAAACCAACAGAGAAAGAGAGCCUUCAAACUGAUUUUAUCUUAAAUCUUUUUAUAAUGUAGCUUGUUCUACAUUUUUAUAAUUUAAAAAAAUUCCCAAGAACAAUACAUCUAUUUUGAACUAGAGUGAGCAGAGCAGUUCAAAGCUUUUUCCAAACAAAGCAACACUCGAACUCAGGGAAGCAUGGCCACACCACACGACGGUGGUCUAGUGGUUGGCAGUUUUAAGUUGCUAAGCAAUUUUGGUUUGAAAGCAUUCCACUAUGCUAUAUACAGUGGCGGAACUAGGUGGAAAGUGGGUGGGGCAGCUGCUCCCCAUAAAAAAAUUUUGGUAUAAUUUUGUUUAGAAUUUUAAUAAUGCUCUUGACAAAAAUUUGAAUUUAUAAAUAUAUUAUUAGUGUUUUAUCGUUUUGCCAUGGUAGAAAUUCAUCCUAAAUCCGUCACUGGCUAUAUAGUAUGGCCAUGUAAAUAUAGAGUUAUUGUUUACGGCUCACUAAAAUAACCGUAGAAAAUUUCCAUUUGCAAAUUGCACCUCCACUUGAUAAUAAUCUGGAUCCUUCCAUAUGGUUACGAUACUCCCAUGUUAAAAAAUGUAGGGGAGCGUCCACAUUUAUUAAGUUUUGUUUUACUGUUCUAUUAAUUUACGGAACUAUUUUGGGAUACUAUAUUGUUUUACUUCUCUUUCAAUUCAACACAGUUUUCAAACUUUUGCAUGGAGUUGGAUUUGAACUACCAUGCUCAAAAGUCUUUACAGAGGUGACAAUAUUGUAACUUGCAUUAACGGAUCAGUAAACCAUAUUACUUCCAAUAACAUUAAACUUGAAACUGUAGAUGACUACUUAGUAAUUAGACAUGAUUAUAAAGAAAGCAUAAAUAAAUUGAUUGAAGUAAUAUAAAUUAUGAUUAUGAUAUCACCAUGAGGAAUAGUGUUGAAAACGUUAAAAUGUAAAUUAUAAACAUGCGGCCAAAUUCUGGCAGAUGAUAUUUGUAGUAAUCAUUACCCAGUCUCAUGCCAACGAGAUUGAUCAUUGUACAAAGAUAACCUCAUUAUCCCAUUCAUCUAACUAGACUGUACAGAGAUAUUCUUUUCUAUCGUAACUAGUGAACAUUAGGAGGGACCUAACGAAUCGUAUAUUUCUCUAAAAGUAAUUUAAGUUGCACCCUUUAUAAAAAGGCAAGAGUUGGCUUCUCUCUGAUCAUAUCAAUAUCACGAAGCAAUAUUACUCCUCUCGAUCUCAUCUUUCUUCUCUCAGGUCUAUAUCUCUUUCUGUUUUCUUAACUUGUUGGAUAUGGGAGAAGUCGUAGAGAUCAUGUUCGGAAAUGGAUUCCCGGAGAUUCACAAAGAUACGACACCCAUUCAAACCCUCCACUCCAACCAGCAGGAGUGCCAUUGGUACGAAGAAACCAUUGAUGAUGAUCUCAAGUGGUCUUUUGCCCUUAACAGUGUUCUCCAUAAAGGAACUAGUGAGUACCAAGACAUUGCUCUUUUGGACACCAAACGUUUCGGAAAGGUGCUUGUGAUUGAUGGGAAAAUGCAAAGUGCAGAAAGAGAUGAGUUUAUCUACCAUGAAUGUCUAAUCCACCCGGCCCUCCUUUGCCACCUCAACCCCAAGACAGUGUUUAUAAUGGGAGGAGGUGAAGGCUCAGCUGCAAGAGAAAUACUAAAACAUAAGACGAUCGAAAAAGUGGUCAUGUGUGAUACUGAUCAGGAAGUUGUUGAUUUUUGCAGGAGAUUUCUGACCGUUAACAGCGACGCUUUUUGUAACAAGAAGCUUGAACUUGUUAUCAAAGAUGCAAAGGUUGAAUUGGAGAAAAGGGAAGAGAAGUUUGAUAUCAUAGUGGGAGAUUUAGCUGACCCAGUAGAAGGUGGGCCUUGUUAUCAGCUCUACACCAAAUCCUUCUACCAAAACAUCCUUAAACCCAAGCUUACCCCUAAUGGCAUUUUUGUUACUCAGGCUGGACCAGCAGGGAUAUUCACUCAUAAAGAGGUGUUUACGUCAAUUUACAACACCUUGAAGCAAGUCUUCAAGCACGUGAAGGCUUACACAGCACAUGUGCCGUCAUUUGCGGAUACGUGGGGAUGGGUGAUGGCAUCAGACCAAGAGUUUGAGGUAGAAGUGAAUGAAAUGGAUCAAAGAAUCGAAGAGAGAGUGAAAGGCGAGUUGAUGUAUUUAAACGCUCCUUCUUUCCUCUCUGCUGCUACUCUCAACAAGACCAUCUCUCUCGCGCUGGAGAAGGAGACUGAAGUUUAUAGCGAAGAGAACGCGAGAUUUAUUCAUGGUCAUGGUGUGGCGUACCGGCAUACUUGAAGAAGAACCGGGUUCAGUUUCAUUAAUAAUUUAAUACCAUAGCAUCUCUAAAAAAGCCGGUUUUGUUUCUCCGCACAUGCAUAACCAGACGUUGUCUUCAUUACUUUAGCUGCCUUUUCUUUUCUACAAUUGCUUACUCUUUGUUCAGUUUGGUUAAAAAACUAUAUUGCGAGCGCCAUCUUCAUCGAUGCUUUCAACAUAUUA